GAGCUGGGCGGGGAGCUGAGGAAGGAAACAUCUGGGAGCGCCCUGACUCUCAGACCUCGCCUCACAGACAGACCAGGAAAAGAGAAAUAACGGAGUAAACCACGAGGAACAGGUUGAAAGCCUUCCAGAGACUCAAGAGCUCUUCUACACCAGUGCGGAAAGGAAUGCAUAUUUCUGCUGAACUGUAGACACAACACUGCAGUAUUCUUUCCAGACAUCAAGCUGACAUUAGCAGCUGGCACAGGCUCUCGGAUACAUUAGAAGGUUAUCUCAUUAACAUCCAUUAGUCGUCGAUUUUCCAUCAUGCCCCUGGUGGUCCUGCAGUCCUCCCGCCUGCUGUGGGCGCGUGUGGCCGCCCUGCUGUUCGCGUGCGUGGCGUUCAGCGUCGCCGCCCAUGGAGCCUCGGCGAGUGCCAGCAUGUACGACUGGUGCAUGUUCUGCUGGGUGUUCAGCUUCAUCAGCACCUUGAUCGUGUUGACGGUGGAGCUGCUGGGCCUGCAGGCUCGAGUGCCGGUGUCCUGGACCAACUUUCCCAUCACUUUCUCCUGUUAUGCCUUACUGCUGUGCCUUUCCGCCUCCAUCAUCUUCCCCUUCUACUUCCUCAAAGGAAAUUCCGUCCGCCACGGAGAAGCUCGAGACCACCGGAUCGCCACCACUGUCUUCUCCUGCCUGGCCACUCUGGCCUACCUGGUGGAGGUGAGCAUGGCGCGGGCACGGCCUGGCGAAGUGGCUGGCUACAUGGCUACCAUUCCAGGGCUGCUGAAAGUGUGUGAGACCUUUGUGGCCAUCAUCAUCUUCCUCUUCAUCAGCAACCCUGUGUCCUACGACAGUCACCCUGCGCUCAAGUGGUGCCUGGCCGUGUACUGCAUCUGCUUCGUCAUAUCCAUGGCUAUCGUGGUGCUGUGUGUCGGGGAGUGUACCGGCUGCCUUCCAAUCCCGUUCCCCCGCUUCCUCUCCGCCUACGCUUUAUUGGCUGUUAUUAUGUACCUCACAGCAACCAUCAUCUGGCCUGUGUUCAAGUUUGACAGCCACCACAGCCGUGACACUCAGCGACCAGAUAGUUGCAGGAACGCCACAGCUGAACUUUGCCGGUGGGAUAAACUGGUGGCCAUCGCCGUUCUCACCGCCCUUAACUUCCUGAUCUACCUUGCGGACCUGGCGUACUCCGCCCGGCUAGUGUUUGUACGUACGUAAUUAAGACUUAAAGCCAUAGACUCGCAAAAAUGCAAAAGUCAAACAACUGAAUGUUGCUGAAAUGUGCCUGUAUUUAUCACUGCUGCUUACCACGCCUUUCUACUGGUAGCUUCAGUCUUCUGUUGUGCCAGUGUGCCUUUGUGCCAUUGCUGAUGUGUUAUCAAGUGUGCAUCCUUGCAUUCUGCAUUUGUCACAUUUUUAUAUGUAUAUCUACAACACCAGAUGUGUGCUUUAAUACAGUAUUUGAUGUGUCUGCCUAUUCUAGACCAGGGGUACUCAAUACGCAAACUCUGGUCCAGGUCCUAAAUAAAAUGUACCCUGCACUGUAAUGCAAAAUUUAUAUAAAAAAAAAAAGGAAUUGGGAAAGAAUCUCCAUCUAAGUUCAUCUAAACUUUGCAUGAUCUACUUUUGCAAUUGUUUUGUUACAUUUAUAUAUAUCUUCAACCCCAGAAGUGUGCUUUACCACAGUAUUUGAUGCUUUUGCAUAUUCUAGACCAGAUGCACUUUAAAUCACUUGUUUUAUGGACCAUAAUGCAAACAUUUUAGGGAGAAUAUCUUAAAAAAAAUAUGGGAGAGAAGAAAACUCUUCACAAUCUGUCUAAACUUUGUGUGAUCUACUGUUGCAAUCUGUGAUUGUCACGUUUAUAUAAAUAUACAGUAUAUAUUCAGUACUAUAUGUGUGCUUUACAAUAGUAUUGUAUGUUUUUGCAUUUGCAUUUUAGAUUUUGCUCAAUAAGCAGACUCUGCUACAGGUUGGGACCUAAAUAAAUAGUUUUGGGGUCUGUUAUAUUAAAAAAACUUCACUUUUGCAAUCAGAAUCUUCAACACCAGAAGUGUGCUUUAUAGUAUUUGAUGUUGCUGAAACUUCUAGGGGGGGGGCACUAAAUUGCAUUAGGGUCCUUAAUAAAAAAUAUCUCAAAGAGAAAGUUGACAAAAUUACAUAUAUAUGAAUGUAUGUGUGUGUGAGGUACAUAUAUAUACGUAUAUGUGUGCUUUGUACCAAAGGAACAGCUGUGAAAAAUUGGUGUUAUACUUGUGUGCCUUUUGUGUGCUGUGGUAUUAAGUAAAUAAAUAUGCACAUUUUUACGUCA